AUGGAGCCAGGAGCGGCCGAGUUGCUGCAGCAGCAGCUCCAGGGGCUUCUAGAGCAGCAACAGAGGCUGCAACAGCAGCAGCAGCAGCAGCAACAGCAGCUUGAGGCGGGGAUUCCAGACCGAGACGCCUUGACUGCGGCUGCUGCUGCUGGAGCAGAAGCAGUGGCGGCCUCAAACCCAGCAGCAGCAGCAGCAACAGCAGCAGCAGCCGCAGCAUUGCUGAAGGACGAUGUAGCGAAAGCAGCGGGGAGCAGUGCAGCAGCUGCUUCUGCGUCAACCACGGCUUCUGCUGCUGCUGCUGCUUCUGCUGCUGCUGCAGACACAAGCGAAACUGCAAGCUGCAACAGUGUGCUGCAGCAGGAUGAGCCAGCAGCCGGCAAGCAGCAGCAGCAGCAGCAAGUGAACGCGUCAGUUGCUGCGCUGCUGGCCCUUAGGAGGCAGCACAUUCAGCAGCUGCAGCUGCAGCAGCUGCAGCAGCAGCGAAUGCAGAGGCUCCAGCAGCAGCAGCUGCAGCUGCUGCAGCAGCAUACAACAGCACCUGAAGCCAGCGCAGACCGCGAGCAGCAUGCAGCUGUGGCAGCAGCAGCAGAAUCAAGCACUUCUGCUGCAAGUACGUUAGACUUCAGAGUUCAGAGCCUAGGGUUUAGGGUUUAG